CAGUCAAUUUGUUGAGGUUAAGUGCUGUGUUUGCGUUUGUGGGCUUUUUCUCUGCGUUGUCCUCCAAAAAGAUCCUUUUCACAGCUUCGGGAUGGCAUCAUCCAGUCGCGAAGGACAUACCUCACAGUCUAGCGUGACGCAGCCCAUGCAGACGCUCGCGGCGAAGCAGAAAUACAUUGAAAAUUAUGACUUUCCCUACUGCGAUGAGUCCGGAAAGUACGAAAAGGUCUCCAAAAUUGGCCAGGGGACGUUUGGGGAAGUCUUCAAGGCCAGGGAGAAGAAGUCAAAUAAUAAAUUUGUAGCCAUGAAAAAGGUGCUGAUGGACAAUGAAAAGGAGGGGUUUCCCAUCACAGCUCUCCGGGAGAUACGCAUCCUGCAGCUGCUGAAGCACGAGAAUGUGGUGAAUUUAAUUGAAAUCUGCCGAACAAAGGCAACGCAGCACAAUCGCUAUCGUUCCACCUUUUACCUCGUCUUUGACUUCUGUGAUCACGAUCUGGCGGGUUUGUUGUCCAAUAUGAAUGUUAAAUUCAGCCUGGGGGAGAUUAAGAAGGUUAUGCAGCAACUCCUCAAUGGGCUGUACUACAUACACAGCAAUAAGAUCCUCCAUCGGGACAUGAAGGCCGCCAAUGUGCUCAUAACGAAGAAUGGGGUGCUCAAAUUGGCUGAUUUCGGUCUUGCCCGGGCGUUUUCCAUCACAAAGGGCGGCCAACCGAACAGGUAUACAAAUCGCGUUGUCACCUUGUGGUACAGACCUCCGGAAUUACUGCUGGGUGAUCGAAAUUAUGGGCCUCCGGUGGAUAUGUGGGGUGCUGGAUGCAUAAUGGCAGAGAUGUGGACACGCUCGCCGAUAAUGCAGGGAAAUUCAGAGCAGCAGCAGCUUAUCUUCAUCUCACAGCUGUGCGGGUCCUUUACGAAGGAAGUGUGGCCGGAUGUGGAGAAUUUGGAGUUGUACAGCAAAAUGGAGUUACCGAUGAACUACACGCGGAAGGUGAAGGAGCGCCUGAGGCACUACGUGAAGGAUCCCCAAGGCUGUGAUUUGCUGGACAAACUCCUCCAGUUGGACCCCAAGGCGCGCAUUGAUGCGGACACAGCGCUCAAUCAUGACUUCUUCUGGUCAGACCCAAUGCCAACGGAUCUCAGUAAAAUGCUCUCGCAGCACACGACGAGCAUGUUUGAGUACUUGGCCCCCUCGAGGCGAUCUGGGCAGAUGAUGAGGCAGCACCAGCAGCAAAUUGCCGUGAAUCAGGUGCAGACGAAGCAGCAGGAGAACAGCUACCAAGAUCGCGUGUACUGAUUGUUCCGUAUUUAUAAUCGUAAUUUUCAUUUUUUUUCUUUAUUUUUUGUACAAUAAAAAUAUUUAAAAUUUAA